CACCACUUUGUUUUUGCCCAAUGGAGGCAUAAUAAUCAAAGCACACAAGGUAUCUUUAUGCAAAUAUAGUAACCGCAACAGCCACCUUCAUUUUCAGAAAAUUGUAAAAAGCAAAAAUGAUAUGGCGAAUGAUGGUGGAAAUUCCAGUCCCUCAGGAAUGGAAAGACUUAUGGAAUAAAUGGGAUCUCAGAGGCUUCAUCAUCCUAAGUCUUUCCCUGCAAACUUUUCUUAUAUUCAUUGCUCCUUUGAGAAAUAGAAUUAGAAGCAAAUGGGUUAUGGUGCCAUUGUGGUCUGCCUACUUGCUAGCUGACUGGGCGGCUAACUUUGCGGUUGGGCUUAUUUCCAACAGCCAAACCAACCCCAACAGCCAAACCAACCCACCAAGUGGCGACACACGCAAAAAGGUUAGGACCCCCGUUGAAAAUGAGGACCUUCUUGCCUUCUGGGCACCAUUUCUUUUGGUGCACCUUGGUGGUCCGGACACCAUUACUGCUUUUGCAUUGGAAGAUAAUGAGUUGUGGCUUCGCCAUCUUCUCGGUCUUGUUUUCCAAUGUGUAGCCGCGGUUUAUGUGUUUGUUCAGUCUCUGCCAAAAAACCGACUAUGGAUUCCUACAAUGUUGAUGUUUAUAACAGGAACCAUCAAAUAUGCUGAGAGAACGAGGUCGCUUUAUCUUGCAAGUGCCAAUAGAUUCAAAGAUUCGUUGCUUGCAGAACCUGACCCAGGUCCAAAUUAUGCAACACUAAUGGAUGAAUACAAAUCCAAAAAGGAUGCAAAGCUGCCAACUAGAAUUCAGUUGGUUGAUGAGCCAACAGAUAGAGCGGCUAAAUCAGCCAAUAAGGCUAAAAAGGGAAGGUUAACAGAGUUGGAGGUGGUUCAGUAUGGCUAUAUGUUUUUUAACAAAUUCAAAGGGCUUAUUGUUGACAUGAUUUUCAGUCGUAAGGAACGAAAUCAGAGUCGAGAUUUCUUCUUAAAUCGGAAUGCAGAAGAUGCUUUUAAAGUGGUUGAGGUUGAGCUGAAUUUCAUCUAUGAUGUUCUCUACACUAAGGUUCCAGUGCUGUUUGCUGACACGAAGUUAGGUCAAGUUGGAGCUAGAAUUUGCCGGUUUUUCUCUCUUAUGACGGUUUGUUCAGCAAUCGUGUUGUUCAUAUUCAAAAGCAAAUCCAACUUUACCACCACUGAUGUUAGUAUUACAUACGGUUUGCUCUUUGGUGCGUUGGUUCUCGAUUUGGCCGCUCUAAUCAUGCUUCUGUUUUCGGACUGGACCAUCAUUUCUAUCCGUGAAUCACCUGAUAUUGAGCUCCAAAAGUCUUGGAAGACAACCUUCUACACUGCACUUCUCAAGCUAAGGACAGAAGGUAUACAGCGUAAGAACACAUCAAAGUAUGAUCUCCCGAGAAUUGAGGAACAAUCUCAUAAAGGGUCGAUGAAGUGGUUAAGACGAAGGUGGUCUGAAUCUGUUUCAACUUACAAUCUUAUCAGCUACUGUUUAUACACACACUGGACAAAAGACUUUUGUGAAAAGUUGCCCUUUGGUAGUGACUUUUAUGAUAGCUUUGUCCAUGUGAAACAUGAAGAGUUCACCCCAAAGCUCAGAAAAUUUAUCUUUGAGGAGAUAAAAUCAAAAGCGGAACUUGGAGAUGAUUUGGAAACUGCAAAAGAGAUUAGUUCAGCACGAGGAGAUUGGGUGCUUCGAGUCGAAAAAGGGUGGAAUAGCUUACUCAAAUAUGUUCGAGACGUCGACUACGAUCAAAGUCUCAUUCUAUGGCACAUUACAACCGAGCUAUGCUACAACUAUGAACUUUACGAGGAGUACAAAUUGAAGAGAUGCAUCAGAAACACAGACUAUAGCUACCGAAAAAUCUCAAAAGUCUUAUCGGAUUACAUGUUGUACCUUCUUAUAAUGCAACCAACCUUGAUGUCAGCAGUAGCAGGCAUUGGACAUAUACGGUUCCGGGAUACUUGUGCUGAGGCCAGAAGGUUUUUUGAAGAAAGAGAUGUUAAAAAACAAAGUCCACUUCAAGAUUUUACUAAAGGAGCUUGGGACAAGAAUAUUGAUUUAAUACAGGCAAAAGCCUGUGAUGAGAUUCUUAAAGUAUCGACAGUAGUGGAGCCGGUGACGAUAAAGGGUGACCGAAGCAAAUCGUUGCUAUUUGAUAGUUGCAUUUUGGCAAAAGAGUUGAUGGAUAUAGCGCGGGAAAAAAAUUUGGAUAAAUGGUUGAUUAUAAGCAAGGUAUGGGUUGAGUUGUUGUGUUAUGGUGCGAGUCAUUCACGAGCCAAUGUUCAAGCCGCGCAAGUGAGCAAUGGCGGUGAGCUCAUUACUAUAGUUUGGUUAUUGAUGACUCAUUUUGGUUUGGGGGAGCAAUUCCAAAUCAAUGAGGGACAAGCAAGAGCUAAACUUAUUGUUGGCAAGUAGUUUCAAUAAAUAGUUAUAGCAGGUUUGGGUUUCUAUAUAUGCUUAUGUCAAUGGAGUAAGCUUCUUCGUAGGGGAAAAUAUAAUUUAUAUUUGCCAUUGGGUUUCUAUAUAUGUUUAUGUCAAUGGAAUAAGUUUCUAUAUAUGAUGAUGUAAGCCUUCUUCUUCGAAGGAGUU